UUCAAGAUGGCGGCUAACUUAGAGAGAAUACAGCAACAAAUGCAAACGGAACUUGAGAAGUUCAAGGCUGUUCAGAAAGAUUUGCAGAAAUUAAUCAACACAAGACAGCAAUUAGAUGGUCAGCUGAAUGAAAAUAAAGUUGUAAAAGAGGAACUAGACAUAAUUGAACCUGAUGGAAAUGUCUACAAACUCAUAGGACCUGUUCUGGUCAAACAAGAUCUUGAAGAAGCCAAGCAAAAUGUUGGGAAGAGGAUAGAGUACAUCACAACUGAACUAAAAAGAAAUGAGACUGGUAUCAAAGAUGUUGAAAAGAAGCGAGGCGCCAGCCAGGAGACACUUAGCAAGUUACAGCAGCAGUAUCAGCAGUUCCUGACGAAGGCCGCAGCUAAAGCAUAAGAGAGAAAAGAGACUUGCUAAAAUCUACUAUUUGUAUUUAUUUGAUGUGAGAGACCAGUCAUUUUUUAUUGCCAGGAGAGCAGGGGUGUGCAGAGGAUUUUCUUAAGGGGUACCACAUGGUUUUCAGGGGGAUGAGAGGGGGAUCAGUUGUAGCUUAGAGAGUAUAAAGGGAUUGUAGAAAAAUGACUGCCAAGAAGGGGGAUCAGUGGAAUAUUACAGAGCCUCAGGGGUAUGAAGUAAAUUUUAUCGCGGCAACCCCCCCCCCCCCCACCUUCCCUACCAUGCAGUAAAUAAUUACCGGUUCUCAAGUGAAAGUGCCCGAAAAAGGUGUUCUUGUUCUUUUACAAACGCUGAUAUUGACAGUCAUAUCGUCGAAGAUAAGAUUUUUUUAAUCGAAAGUAGUAUUUCCAAAAAUUUAAUUUAGGUUUAGUCCUCUCUCGGGCGGAUCACGAUGAAUCUCAUAAGAUGCACAUGAAAGUGAUAAGCUUUUUUUCCCUUUUUGACUCAUGAAUACUCUCGUUGAUAUUUAAAACUGUGAAAACAACGCUCCCCCGAGGGUGUUUCACUAAAAAAAAAAAAACAGAAAACUUUAAAAUACAAAGUAAUGCAUAAACUGGUUUGCGUAAAAUUGCGAAGUAGCACCGACGUCUUGUUCAUACUAUUAACAAAUAGAUACACCAGAAACAUUUAGCGAACGUAGCCUGCGACAAAGUUUGUCAUAGUCUCACAGUAAACAAAGAGUGUAAUGAUUUUUUUUAGUGACUUGUUUACCCCUCCCCUCAAUUUGUGGAGGUCCCAAGGGGCUGGAUGGGCGAAGGUUAAUUACAAUCCUUCACUAUGUGAUUUUACCAGGGACAAAAUUAUCAAAAAAUGGUACUACAUUUGGGCUUUUCGCAAACGACACCUCACCAGACCUCCCCAUACGGUAUAUGUGCGAAUUACGCCCGAACCAACAAGAUCCUUUCGUCACGAUUUUCUUCGGUCUCUCCGACUGUUGUGCGGAAAACUGGCCGCCCCAUGUAACACCAGACUUCGCUCGCUAAUUUUUUUCCACUCGAUUCACCAACAAAGAGAAAAAGGAGGGCCAUCAGCAGUAUAUGACAUCUUCCGAAAUUCCGUUUUGAAAAUAAAGAUUUUGUUUUACGUCUUUUGUUUGAG